AUGUCAAUGCCGCUUUCAUUUCACGCCCACUCAGUGUCGCCUAUGAGUAUUAAUUUUGACGCCUUUGAGGCGUACGCCGCCGGACUUUCUACAGAGGAAGCACUGCAGUACAUAAUAAACGCGUGUGCGAUAUGGCUCACCGGUGGUGACAAGAAUGAAUUCGACAAACCGCCAGGAAAUGGCUCUGUAGGCAACCGCUCCCCUGGCGAGGCGGAGGCUCGGCGGAACACUGAGGAGGAGCUGCCGCUGCAUCUCAGCUGCUCCGGUGUCGGUGGACUGGCGCUCGAGGGGGCGGAAAUGACAACUGCAACAGCGGGUCUAACACAAGGCAAGGAGGAGGAGGAGGAGAAGCAUACAAGCGAAACAGCGUUCAGCAAUCGUGGGAAUGAUCCGGCGGCGGAUUUACUUAGCCGACGCUUUUUUGCUGAUUCUGGAAGUUGUACAUUUCAUCGAGAACUUCAGCGGGUUCUUUCAGACAUGGUGAGGGGGGACAGCUCUAUUUUGAGACAGGAGGUGGUAGAGCAGUAUGUUCUUUUUGACAUGUUUCGUGAAAGAUACUUGGCCACCCCCUAUGCCUUCCUCUCGAGCUACUGCAUUCCAAUGACAUUGAAGGAUCGUCGUCGCAUGGUGGAAGUAUUUUAUGGAGUUGACGAGGUGGUGCUUAAAACGUUUUUUGGUGAUCGGAUGCACAAACUGGAGCUUGAGCGAGGAUCAGAAAAAUGGUUUUUCUUUAGGUCAGGGGCCAGUCGCGGUCAAAACAUACAAAAACUCAUAGAAGCAGGCAUCAGCGAAGGGUCGUUAAAGCGUCAGUGGGAAAAUCUAAAGUGGGUGUGCAAUUUUCUUGCCUCCGCCUAUCGUGGUCGUGAUGGGAUGCUGAUUCCCUACACCACACCUCUACUCACCGCGCUUCAGCAGUGCUUCGCCCUACGUGGAGCUCUUGGGAUGCACUACGGGACGUUUGUGUUUGGCUUUGAGCAUCAACUGAAUGGCCGUUUCUGGAACUCGCUGUCGUAUUCAGAGUGUACCACUGCCUGUCAAGCGUUAUCGUUGUGGUGUGAUGCCUCGCAGCUGAUGUUACGGAAAGAGUUCUCUGCCCAAUGUGCCUGUAUCGCUCGGUUGUUGGACGAAAAUCGUGUAGUGUCGGAAAUGCACCAGCUUGUAUUUGGUGAAGCGAUGCGCUCAAGAUGGCAAGUGCAGUUUGACGAAGUUCAACGGGCAAUCACAAUUAAUACAGGUGUGGGGACGAGCGGAAGUCCUUAUGGGUCUACUUUGGUGGGGGCGACAUUGCCAUCACCCACGACAACGGUUCCGCAUGCGCUUCUGCCACGGAACACAAGUACAGUGAGGCUGGAUACUGAGGCAAACUUGGGUCUGUCAGCUUCCUUGACAGCGACUGCUAUAUCACUCAAGUCCCAACGUUUAUGUACAAACUCGUUUCACACACAGACUGUAGCACAUAUGAACCUUGGGGGCCCAGCUUCUAGUACCAGCAGUUGCCCUGUUACAGCAGCUUCUGCUGCUGCUCCUGCCGCGCUCAAUAUCAGCAACAUGACUCAAGGUGGUGCAGCUACGGGAAACAUGCAGGCAUCCUCGUCGCACCGCCCUCAUCUCUCAUCCAAUGGCGCCUUUACACGACUGUUUCUUCAGGAGUUUCCUUUCAUCAUGAAAUUUUUGUCUCGUAUGGCCACAACGAUUGGGAAUUCAGGAGGAUUGGCGGAGGCAUUAGACCUGUUUUACAGCAGAGUCUACCUUCAUCUUUGGAACUUGGGAUACCGCUCACAAAGCAAACAGUUUGUAGAGUAUAGUAGUCUGUCUCAGGGGAUUCCUUUACCCGAGUUGGAUGGCUUUGCGGAAUUAGGAGAAAUAAGGGAGCCCUAUUGUGCCGGGAGUAACAGUAGCGUAAAAAGACCGCUUGCGAGUACGGCGUUUGUGCGGGGUGAGGAGGCUUCCACCAGCAACUCAGCGAAGAUGCAUCCGUCGGAAACAGAAGAAAAAAUUGAUGUACUCGCGAAUCUGCCGAAGAACGCUGUGGUCAACACUUCGCUUGUGGGUCACGCAGUCGCGUUUUCACCCCGGCGUCCGCCUAUCCCGGCAUCACCACAUCAAUUGCAGUUAACUAAUCAUAAUGGUGCCAACCAUGUUGCUGGGGCUUUUGACAGCCGAAUUUAUCUUUGUGAAUUAUGCAUGCUUUUGAGUUUGUUGCCAAACGUGUUUAGUAAUCUUACAACCCUCACAGAGGAGAAUCAUGCGGCAUGUGACACCGAGUUUGCCAACUUUGUUCUGAUCCUUAAAGUCUUGGUGCAGAUUCAUAUGGCCUCCGAUGACGGUUAA